UGUGUUUAUGAGAAUACUUCAAAGGAGGAUAUUCCAAAGCUGUUUCCGGAUGAAGUUCUGCCUGAAUUGCAAAAACUGUUGACACUUCUGUUGCAGAAGUUUCAGCGAGAGUGGCAAGAAGAUGUGAUGAAAGAUCGAAAUAUUGUGCCUAGAUUAAAGGCGAUGACAUGGAAUAUGGCAAAUCUGGAGAAAGGAUCAGCAGACCCUGCAGCGGUUAUUGAUUUGAAGCUUCAAAAUGAUGCUCCAUUUCAGUCGGGAGUUCAAGAUGUAAAGUUCCAGUUGACUACAGAUUCUAUAGAUAUGAUGCUGAAAACCAUGCACUGUAUUAGAGACCAGUUUUCUACCAUGGAUGAGACACUAAAUGGGCAUUAGCACCAGUAAACCGAAGGAGUUUCUUAGAACUUGUUUUUACAAUGAAUGCAGGAGGACAUCGAUGACAGACCCAGCAGGGGGAAUCAAGAUUCGGGCUUCAGCCUCAACUGGCGAAAUCAUUUACGUAGUUUAGUAUUCCCUAUAUAAGAAAGAAAUAUGGUUAACAAUCAAGGUAUUUGGUUAAGAUAAUUCCAAUGCUAUUAGUUAAAUUUCUAGUUUAAUGGAUUUAGCAAUUCCCUUUUCCUAGUGAGAAACUCCUUUGGUUGUGGAUGGGACACCCUCGUACAUAACUUCCUGCCAGUCAUUUUUUUCUCUCGUU